AUGGUUGAGUACCUGAAGCAGUGGCACCGGCCCAGGAUGGAGAUUCUUGUGAACAGUGGAGUGGACCUCUUGGCCUUUGAGACCCUUCCUGCCGUGUUAGAGGCCAAGGCUCUGGUAGAACUGCUGAGAGAGUUCCCACACUCCAGAGCUUGGGUGGCUUAUUCAUGUAAAGAUGGUGGCCACACCCACCAUGGGGAACCUAUGAGUCAGGGAGUAGAGGCAGUUCUAGACUGUUCUUAUCUGCAUAUCUCUGUAUUUUAG